AUGGAGAGAGGACUCAGAGAAAAGACCGGGAACGGGGUAUUGUCUGCGACCACCAUUUCCUCCAGCGAAGAGAAUAUGGAAGAAAUUUUGUGCACAGAACCUGAAAAUGAUAAUGUCGAGGACAAUGUGAAUGUUGUGGAAGGUGACACGGAAGUAGGACAUAGUUUGACUAUGCCUGAGGUUGGCAUGAAGUUCAAGGAUGAAAAAGAAAUAUCCAUGGUUACUGGAAACUUAACACUAUCCACCUCGAGCACAACCAUGAGACAAGUCCUACUAAGUCGAGGUUAUAUCGUCGUUGAAGCAUGUGGUUACGAGAAUAUGACGUGUGUUGAGAAGGAUUGCCGUAACUACAUUGAACAAUCUUACUUUUCUGAAAUGCAAGCAAAAUGCUCGAGAUUUUUCUUUAGUAUUGACUUGGAUGAUGAUUCACGGUUGAAGAAUGUCUUUUGGGGAGACAAUCGGUAUAGGCAAACAUAUAAAGAGUUCGGGGAUGUCGUCACGUUCGAUACAACUUAUCUUACGAAUAAGUAUGACAUGCCCUUCGCCCCGUUUGUUGGCGUUAAUCAUCAUGGGCAAUCGACAUUGUUGGGUUGUGGUUUGAUAUCGAAUGAAGACACUAAUACCUUUGUCUGGUUGUUCAAAACAUGGCUUAAGUGCAUGGGUGACAAGGCUCCACAUGGAAUAAUUACAUAUCAAGAUAGAGCCAUGCAGAAUGCAAUUGAAAUAGUUUUCCCAAAUACAAAACAUAGGUGGUGCAUGUGGCAUAUUUUGAAGAAGAUGCCAGAAAAAUUUGGAUACCGCGUGAAUAAAGCUUCGAUAUUCUCGACUGUACAUGUACUGGUAUAUGAUUCGCAGUCUAUCGAAGAAUUUGAGGAAGGUUGGAGAGAUAUGAUCAAAAUGUAUAACUUGCAUGAUAACGUUUGGUUGUCCGGAUUGUACGAGAAUAGAGUUCGUUGGGUGCCCUAUUUCCUGAGAACAACCUUUUGGGCUGGCAUGUCAACGAUACAACGAAGUGAAAGUAUGAAUGCCUUCUUUGAUGGUUAUGUACACGCAAAGACAUCAUUGAAACAGUUCGUCGAGCAGUAUGAACGAGCACUAUGGAAUAAGGUUGAAAAGGAGUUUAUUGUUGAUUUUAAGUCAUUCUCUCAAGUCUUACCGUGUGCAACAACAUACGAAAUUGAGAAGCAAUAUCAGUCAUGCUAUACCAUUUCGAAGUUCAGAAAGGUUCAAACUGAGUUCAUGGGUAAAAUGUAUUGCGAUCUCAUAUCUGCAGUAAAGGGACAUAUGGGGACGAACCAUGCCAUUGCAGUUUUGAUACAAAAUGACUUUACUGUCGUGCCGGAUCGGUACAUUUUGCGGAGGUGGAGGAAAGAUGUUAGCAGGGCACACACGAGAGUUUCCGUUAACUAUGAUGGUUUGGUUACCACUCCAGCACAGAUGAGGUAUGACGAUAUGUGUCAUUCGUUUGCAGAGGUGGCAAACCUCGUAGCAGACAGCGAAGGGAAGUAUGGUGUGAUCAUGGAUUGGAUACAACUUCAGAAGAAAGAACUUAGUUCCACAAAGUUCGAUGGUAAUUUAAGCACUUCACAGUGUAUUCCAUCUGAAAAAAUUGGAAGCGCGAUUAUAAGGGAUCCGAAAGCAUCAAAGAGGACGUAG